UCGUCGGGGGCCCUCGACAUCGCACGGUAUUUGAUUGAUCAAGGAGCAGAUGUCGAUCGUGCGGACAAUAGCGGGUGGACUCCCCUACACAUCGCUUCUAGCGCAGGGCAUGAUGAGGUUGUACGUGAACUAUUGGGCGCCGGCGCGAAUAUCAACCGAAAGAAUGACAAAGGCAUCACACCGCUGUAUGAAUUGCACACCGAGUCUUACAGUGUCACUGACAUUGGUUAUUGGCAGGCACUAUGCGGCUUCCAAGUCCCGAGUUGA